AGGCCAUGAAGCCACCUGGUGCCCAGGGCUCACAGAGCACUUACACAGACCUACUGUCGGUCAUAGAGGAGAUGGGCAAAGAAAUCCGGCCCACCUAUGCUGGCAGCAAGAGCGCCAUGGAGCGCCUGAAGAGAGGAGGGCCGGGCCAGGGUGGAGAUAAGGAGCACGGAGGGAGUACGAAGCACCAGCAUUAGGAGAAUGACCUCUUCCCCGGCUGCCUUGAGGAAGGAAGGCAGGGGCCUGCCCCAGUCCGCUGCGGGCGGGGCUGCCCGGACCCCGCGGGGGUGGGGAGGGCCUGCGGGGCCCAGGAAGGGGGCGGGGCGGCCGCGGUGACGCGGAGGGCGGUAGGGAAGGACGGCCCGGGCGCCGGCAGGCGGACUGAGAGGAAGGUCGGGGCCAUGGGCCGGCGCUGCGCCUCCGGAGGGUCCGGCCACUGCUGGAACCCGAGGCUGGGGCUGAGGACGCUCGGGGCUCCGACCCACUGGCCGGCCGUCCCCACCCGGGCCGGGUGAGGGGCUCCUGUCCUAAGCUAGAGGUGAGCCGGGACAUCGGCAGGCGGGCCAGGAGUACUGCUGGGGACUGGGACGCCGAGGAGCAGAGGGAAGUGCGGACAGCGGGGCCUCUCGCCUGCUCGCUGGGCGGAGCGGAGGCCGCGCGCGGCCCGCUGAACGCCUUCAGGAUGCUCAUCAAGGAGUACCACAUUCUGCUGCCCAUGAGCCUGGACGAGUACCAGGUGGCCCAGCUCUACAUGAUCCAGAAAAAGAGCCGGGAGGAGUCUAGCGGUGAGGGCAGCGGUGUGGAGAUCCUGGCCAACCGGCCUUACACAGAUGGGCCUGGAGGCAGUGGGCAGUACACACACAAGGUGUACCACGUGGGCUCCCACAUCCCAGGCUGGUUCCGGGCCCUGCUGCCCAAGGCUGCCCUGCAGGUGGAGGAAGAGUCCUGGAACGCCUACCCCUACACUCGCACCCGGUACACUUGCCCCUUUGUGGAAAAAUUCUCCAUUGAAAUAGAGACCUACUACCUGCCUGAUGGGGGCCAGCAGCCAAAUGUCUUCAACCUGAGUGGGGCUGAGAGGAGACAGCGCAUCCUAGACACCAUCGACAUUGUGCGGGAUGCAGUGGCUCCAGGCGAGUACAAAGCAGAAGAAGACCCCCGGCUGUACCGCUCCAUCAAGACAGGCCGAGGGCCCCUGGCUGAUGACUGGGUGCGGACAGCAGCCCAGUCAGGGCCCCUCAUGUGUGCUUACAAGCUGUGCAAGGUGGAGUUCCGCUACUGGGGCAUGCAGGCCAAGAUUGAGCAAUUCAUCCAUGAUGUCGGGCUGCGUCGGGUGAUGUUGCGGGCCCACCGACAGGCCUGGUGCUGGCAGGACGAGUGGACAGAGCUGAGUAUGGCUGACAUCCGGGCACUGGAAGAGGAGACUGCCCGCAUGCUGGCCCAGCGCAUGGCCAAGUGCAACAUGGGCAGUGAGGGGCCUGAGACCCAGCCCCCUGGGAAGCCAAACGCGGAGGCCCGGUCAGGAGCCAGUAAUGCUGGCACCCCUGAUGGGCUCGAGGCUCCUCCUGAUCCCGAUGCCUCCCCGGAUGCCAGCUUUGGGAAGCAAUGGUCCUCGUCCUCACGUUCCUCCUACUCAUCCCAGCAUGGAGGGGGUGUGUCUCCCCAGAGCCUGUCCGAGUGGCGUAUGCAGAACAUCGCCCGGGACUCCGAGAACAGCUCUGAGGAGGAGUUCUUUGAUGCCCACGAAGGUUUCUCAGAUAGUGACGAGGUCUUCCCCAAGGAGAUGACCAAGUGGAACUCCAACGAUUUCAUUGACGCCUUUGCCUCCCCAACAGAGGCUGAGGGAACACCAGAGCCUGGAACUGAGGCCACUAAAAGCACUGCGGAUGGAGCCCGAGCACCCAAGGACUCAGAGGGCCCGGACGGAGCUGGGGAGCUGGGGACUGAGGCAUGUGCAGUCCACGCCCUCUUCCUCAUCCUUCACAGUGGCAACAUACUCGACUCGGGACCUGGAGACACCAACUCCAAGCAGGCAGAUGUGCAGACACUGAGCUCAGCCUUUGAGGCCAUCACCCGCAUCCACUUCCCUGAGGCCCUGGGCCACGUGGCAUUGCGAUUGGUGCCCUGCCCGCCUAUCUGCGCUGCUGCCUAUGCCCUUGUCUCCAACCUGAGCCCCUACAGCCAUGAUGGCGACAGCCUGUCCCGCUCCCAGGACCACAUCCCACUGGCUGCCCUGCCACUGCUGGCCACUUCAUCAUCCCGCUACCAGGGUGCUGUGGCCACUGUCAUUGCCCGCACCAACCAAGCUUACUCAGCCUUCCUGCGCUCAUCAGAGGGCACUGGCUUCUGUGGGCAGGUUGUGCUGAUUGGAGAUGGUGUUGGUGGCAUCCUAGGCUUUGAUGCACUCUGCUACAGUGCCAACGCAGGCACCGGGAGUCGGGGCAGCAGCCGCCGUGGGAGCAUGAACAAUGAGUUGCUCUCCCCAGAGGUCGGCUCAGUGCGGGACCCCCUGGCAGAUGGGGAAGGGCUGAGUCAAGCCAGCCCAGAACCCUCAGCCCUGCCUGCCCAGCGUACCCCCAGUGACGUGGCUGGUCCCGAACCUGAAGGCUCUCAGAACAGCCUGCAGACAGUCUUUGCAACGUCUGCCUCUGGGGAGCCCAGGCGGGCAAGCACAGCCUCCUGCCCACCCACUGCCAGUUCUGAGGCCCCUGAUGGCCCCACCAGCGCUGCCCGCCUCGACUUCAAGGUCUCUGGCUUCUUCCUCUUUGGCUCCCCACUGGGCCUGGUGCUGGCUCUGCGCAAAACUGUGAUGCCUGCCUUGGAGGUGGCCCAGAUGCGGCCAGCCUGUGAGCAGAUCUACAACCUGUUCCAUGCAGCUGACCCCUGUGCCUCACGCCUUGAGCCGCUGCUGGCCCCCAAGUUUCAGGCCAUUGCUCCACUGGCCGUGCCCCGGUACCAGAAGUUCCCCCUGGGAGAUGGCUCAUCCCUACUACUAGCUGACACGCUGCAGACCCACUCAGGCCUCUUUCUGGAGGAGCUGGAGAUGGUGCCCUCAACACCCACCUCGGCCAGUGGUGCCUUCUGGAAAGGCAGUGAGUUAGGCACUGAGCCCCCAGCCCAGCCAGCUGCACCCAGCACCACCAGUGAGGUGGUUAAGAUCCUGGAGCGAUGGUGGGGAACCAAGCGGAUCGACUACUCGCUGUAUUGCCCUGAGGCGCUCACCGCCUUUCCCACGGUCACGCUGCCCCACCUCUUCCACGCCAGCUACUGGGAGUCCGCAGAUGUGGUGGCCUUCAUCCUGCGCCAGGUGAUUGAGAAGGAGCGGCCACACCUAGCGGAGUGCGAGGAGCCGUCCAUCUACAGCCCGGCCUUCCCCCGGGAGAAGUGGCAGCGCAGACGCACGCAGGUCAAGAUCCGGAACGUCACCUCUAACCACCGGGCGAGCGACACGGUGAUAUGCGAAGGCCGCCCCCAGGUGCUAAGCGGCCGCUUCAUGUACGGGCCUCUGGACGUGGUCACACUUACCGGGGAGAAGGUGGACAUCUACAUCAUGACACAGCCACUGUCAGGCAAAUGGAUCCACUUUGGCACCGAGGUCACCAACAGCUCAGGCCGCCUCACCUUCCCAGUGCCCCCAGAGCGCAUGCUCGGCAUCGGUGUCUACCCCGUGCGCAUGGUGGUCAGGGGCGACCAUACAUACGCUGAGUGUUGCCUGACGGUGGUGGCCCGUGGUACGGAGGCCGUGGUCUUCAGCAUCGAUGGCUCCUUCACUGCCAGCGUCUCCAUCAUGGGCAGCGACCCCAAGGUGCGCGCCGGCGCUGUGGACGUAGUCAGGCACUGGCAGGACGCCGGCUACUUAAUCCUGUACGUAACGGGCCGGCCUGAUAUGCAGAAGCACCGCGUGGUGGCCUGGCUGUCACAACACAACUUCCCCCACGGCGUUGUCUCCUUCUGCGACGGCCUCACUCACGACCCGCUCCGCCAGAAAGCAAUGUUUCUGCAGAGCCUGGUGCAGGAGGUGGAACUGAACAUCGUGGCCGGCUAUGGAUCUCCCAAAGAUGUAGCUGUGUACGCGGCGCUGGGCCUGUCCCCCAGCCAGACCUACAUUGUGGGCCGCGCUGUGCGGAAGCUGCAGGCACAGUGCCAGUUCCUGUCAGAUGGCUAUGUGGCCCACCUGGGCCAGCUGGAGGCAGGUUCCCAUGCUCAUGCCUCCUCGGGACCCCCAAGGGCUGCCUUGGCCAAGAGCAGCUAUGGCGUGGCUGCCCCCGUGGACUUCCUCCGCAAACAGAGCCAGCUGCUGCGCUCCAGGGGCCCCAGCCAGGCAGAGCGCGAGGGUCCAGGAACACCACCCGCCACUCUGGCACGGGGCAAGGCCCGAAGCAUCAGCCUCAAGCUGGACAGUGAAGAGUGAGGCCCAAACUGUGACAGGACCUGGGUUAUUUGACACACUCAAGGGGCCCGAGCAGCUGCGUGUGGGAGGCCAGGGGCCCAGACCUUUGUCCCCAGCCCCACACCUUCUUCUUUGCCCCUCAAUAUCACUUCCCUGUCAUGUUGGUGGAACCAGCCCUGGGGGGAGGGAGGAGGGACUGGGCAGGGCACAGAGGCUUUUUCAGUGUAUGUAAAUCUAUGGAAAUAAAUGCCACCCACAUCCU